UCACGGAUCCCACCUUUCCACGUGUGGUAUGAGGUCGCGCGCAAAGGUUUCCUCCUCCAGCGCAUCAGUGCAGUAUCGUGUUCUUCUCGAGAGCGCUAGAGCGCUCGGUUCUCUUGACACUUCACACGCGUUAACAGGUGGGACGAAAAUACAGCUUCACGAGAUUAAACAGUCAAAGUUGAAUUGUCACCAAAGGACGUUUGGAGAAUACCUGCAAAAAUGUCUCGAACCCCGGAGGACGUGAACAAACUCACCGAGAGCACAUACAAGAAUGUGAUGGAACAGUUUAACCCGGGACUGCGGAAUCUGGUCAACCUGGGGAAGAGCUAUGAGAAAGCAGUGACAGCAAUGACCUUUGCUGGAAAGACAUAUUUCGAUGCAGUCUCAAAGAUUGGGGAAAAUGCUGCCGUAUCGCCCGUUUCUAGGGAGCUGGGAGUGGUGUUAAUGGAGAUUUCAGAAGUGCAUAAGAAGGUCCAGCUGGAGCUGGAGGAGACUUUCAAGAAGUUCAACAGAGAGCUCAUCACUGAACUGGAAAGGAAAACCGAUAUGGAUAUCAAGUACAUGAAUGCCACUUUCAAAAGAUACCAGUCAGAACACAAAUUGAAGCAAGACUUUUUGGACAAGUCGCAGGCUGACCUGAAGAAACUGCGGAGAAAAAGUCAAGGGAAGCAUUCGUCCAAGUAUGAGAUCAAAGAAAAUGAGUGUGUGGAGACCAUCUCAUCCCGGCAGACAGACAUGCAGAGGUUUAUUGCAGAAGGAUGUAAGGAAGCUCUGCUGGAAGAGAAAAGGAGGUUCUGCUUCCUAGUGGAGAAACACUGUGGCUUCACCUAUCAGCUAUCAGCCUUCCACGACAAGGCCAAGGAGAUGCUGGCCGUCACACUGCCCAGCUGGCAAGAUAAAUGUAGCGAUGCCACCAGGGUGCCAGACACAGUGAUAUCCAUGAUUGAGAGUCUGCGGACUCCAGUGUCAGUCAUCCCAGAGUCCUCGCCUACACUGGAGCACAGUGACAGGACCGAUUCCGGUUCAAUUGUUCCACCGCCGGCCCCAUCACUCAAAGCCCACACAAGUCCACUGGCCAGCAUGUUCUCCCAGGACGUUCCUAAAAGCCCCAUCUCAUCAGAGAUGUACUCAGAUCAAGACAGCCAAGAUGGAAACGGCUUGUCUAGGUCUGAGUCUGUGUCUAGCGGUAUGGAUAUGGGGAAGAAGGCCAGGGUGCAAACUAUCUUCCCCCACACAGCAGGGAAUAACGAGACCCUGCUGAGCUUUGAUGAUGGAGACAUCAUUACACUGCUUAUUCAAGAGGAGAGGGAUGGAUGGCUGUAUGGAGAACUAGAACAUACUGGACAACGGGGAUGGUUUCCCUCAUCUUAUUGUCGGGCUUACAAUGAGGCAGUGAUUGCCAACAGCAGAGUCGAGAGCCCAUUGCGUGGCCAGAGUGUGACUGAUCCUGAGCAGCCGGAGGAAGACGAGGAGGUGGAGGAACCCGUGUUGCUGCCCCCGCCUGACUACAGUGACUCAUCCAGGGACAGACCCAUCAAGCCCUCCACCCCCUCUCCACAGAACAUGCAGUCAUCUUUGCCAAAUGGUCACUCGGUGCCACCAUUCCUUGGGGGUGUGAAUCCAUUUGCCACGGUCAAACUGCGACCUACCAUCACAAAUGACAGAUCUGCACCAAUCGUAUGAUGGGACUGCCGCCCUGCCCUGUUGUGAAGUUGUGCCUCAGAGGUUUUGCCUAUAUUGAUGCAUUGCAGAUAUGGCAAUGGAACCAAAUGAAAGGGUUCUGUUAUAACAUCAGUUUUAAUCCUUAAAAUUUCGAAAAAAGCAAACUAGCAUAUUAAAAUUUUCAGGAAGCUUUAUUUAUAAGAAUUUUAGACUUUGAUUAAAUUAUUUUAAAUUGUAACUGGAUUCAUACACUUGAGUUUCCAAGAGAAUGCACCGCACCCAACAGGCUCUUGAAUAGCUAUUUUCUGACCAUAUUGGUCCUCUGUGUCUGGGGCCUUAUAAAGGUAAACCGAAAAUCCAAAUUUAUAUUUUAAGGUUGGAGUAUUGCAGCCCCUAAUUAGAAACACGUCGCAUAACCCGAUCAUAUUUCAUUUCAAAAUCCAGUGAAGUAGUGUGAGGUUUGCCAGUUCCCAAAGUGUUUCGUCCUGUAAUUAUUUUGUUAGUAUCAUUAUAACCUGUUUUUGUUAUAAGAUGUCUUGGUUUUGUUGUUUUAAAAUGCUUAUGUAUUCCUUAUCCUUCACACUUUUUACACAUUUAAAAGAUGAAAAUAUAAAGACACAGUUGAAAUUUGUAUUCCUCAUGUUAAAGAUGAGUGCAAUGUGUGGUGAUAACAUUCUUACUAGCUGCACAGUGUUGAAUGUUGGCUUAUUGGCUUUAGCUGGACAUCAGCUCAAACACAUGAGCAUUCUUCACUAGUUAAGAGAAAUGCUUGGGAUACAUACAGAUUUUUUUUUUUAAGUCUUGUAAAUUUGUGUACACUUCAUGCUUUUGCAAGCAUGUUAUCACGUAGGGGAUACAGUGUUUUCUUUCCUACCUUUUUUUUGUUGUUGUUAUAUUGAUUCAUUGCCCCAAUUCUUGUGAUACCACAUUACUCCAAAAUAAAAAUGUGUUAGAUAUUAUAA